AUGCCGUCAUCGGACUCUGGUGAGAGCCGUCGAUCAAUCAAACCACAGAACCGCCCCGGAGCACCUGCACCCGAGCAAGAGAAUCUCCCAUGUCCCCGUUGUGAUUCAACCAACACCAAGUUUUGUUACUACAACAACUACAACUACUCUCAGCCUCGUCAUUUCUGCAAAGCUUGCCGUAGGUACUGGACUCACGGCGGUACUCUCCGUGACAUCCCCGUCGGAGGUGGUACCAGAAAAAACGCGAAACGCUCCCGCACUCAUAACAUUGCUGUUACUUCCUCUUCUUCCUCUUCCGCUGUCACAUCGGCACCGGAGCAGAACUAUCAUUCAAUGACAUCGUCUUUUCCGUAUGGCGGUGUUGACGGUGAGGGGAAACAGAAUAUGAGCGUUUGCGGGAGCUUUACCUCGUUGUUGAACAGCAACGCUCAACAAAACUCUGGGUUUCUGGCAUUAGGUGGAUUUGGGCUUGGGCUUGGACACGGGCUUGGAGAUAUGGGGUUUGGAAUAGGGAGAGCGGAGUGGAGUUUUCCUGGGAUGAUGGAUGGAUCCAACAUUGGUGUACCGGUUGUGUCUUCUGGAAUCGGAAACUCGUGGCAGUUAGAAGGUGGCGAAACUGGUUUUGUUGGUGGUGGAGACUGUUUCUCUUGGCCUGGACUUGCAAUUUCUACACCAGGAAAUGGUCUCAAAUGA